AUGGUCCCUCGCGGUGCAAUACUCGGCCUUGGAGUGUGUACGGGAACGCUGCUUAUCCAUGGCGUGCAAGCGUUGACAAAAGGCCACGACUUGUCGUCGGCCCUGCUCAUGGAGAAGGAGCAUGGGACAAUUUGGUACAGCACUGCAGGAAAGGAAGCUGCCAUCGAAGACAUCCUGGGGGAAGGAGGAAUGGACACUGUGCGACUUCGUCUAUGGACUGCGACAGAGUAUGGCUUGAACUACACACUACCACUGGCUCAGCGGUAUGCAAAGGCUGGUUACAAGAUUUAUCUCGACUUGCACUUCUCUGACACUUGGGCACAGCCUAGUGACCAGCAAACCCCAUCCGCUUGGGACGAUUCGUCAGUGGAUGCGCUGGCGAAGGCAUGUCGCGAGCAUGUGAGCUCGACGCUUAGAGCUUUCACAAAAGGUGGGGUCGAGCUCGACAUUUUGUCGAUCGGCAAUGAAAUCACGAGCGGAUUUCUCUAUCCGACUGGAAAGAUCACGAACGAUGACUUCGGACCUUUCGCGAAGCUUUGGAAAGCAGCGCGCCAAGGUGUUUCGGACGCAGUGACCGCUGGUACGAAACAGCCGAAGAUCAUGAUCCACUUGGACAACGGAUGGGAGCACAAGACCGUGUCGUGGUUUUUCAAAGGUCUCUUUGCCGAGGGUACGCUGACUACAGACGACGUGGACGUGUUUGGGUUCUCUUUCUACCCGUACUAUAACGUACACGCAACACUUUCAGCACUCACCCAUUCGCUUACUCAAGUGGCGAAUACUUACAAGAAACCAAUCUACGUCGCCGAGACCGAUUGGCCCACGAAAUGCACCAAAGUCACAUUGAGUGAAAAGCUUGCGAUCAGUGCGCAAGGUCAGAGAGACUGGAUGAAGGUCAUCAUGAAAGUUCUAGAGGGCUUGCCAAACGGUCUGGGUGCUGGUAUUUUCUAUUGGGAACCAGGGUACAUCAAGGUGCCGGGACUCGGCAGUGCGUGUGAGUCGAAUUUGCUCUUCAGUGCUGAAUGGAACAAGGGGCCGAGUACGUACGCCAAAGCGCUCUCGUCCGUCUUCAUGUUCGUAGAAGGCGAUUCUCAUGAAGACUAG